AUGGCUAGUUAUUUUGGUGUGUCUUUCAUUUUCUUUGGAAUAUUAUUUCUUGGGAGCAUGGCAGCGCCAAAUUUAAAUGGAGAAUGCUCCAUUCCCAGAAUUCCCAACGGCUUCCUUGUUCAUUUUCUCUCCAACAAAUUGACAAAGCUUCCCCACAACAGUCGUGCAUAUGUGGCAUGUGAAAAUGGCUACACAGCGGAAGGACCUCUGGACAUAAUCUGUCAGAAUGGCACUUGGCCAUCUCCACUGCCCAUGUGUAAUCCAAAAAAAUGUCAGCCACCCUCCAUUGUCAAUGGCAUCCUAUCCUCAAAAUUGCCUCUCGCAAAUCUCGUAGAUCAUGAGAAGUCUGUUGCAAUUAGUUGCAACAAUGGUUACACUCUGAAUGGUACAAAUAAUGUUAUUUGCCUCCAUGGCAACUGGUCCCCGGAGCUGCCAUCAUGUGACCCACGUGGAUGUCAGACCGAGCUCAUUGAAAAUGGCAUUUUGGUAUACAAAGGAGCAUUUUUAAAAUCUUCAGUAAGCAUUGCACAUGGUGACCAAUUGAUAAUCAGUUGUAAAAAUGGCUAUAAAAUGUCAGAAAAAACUGAGAUUAUCUGUCAUCUUGGAAAAUGGUCAUCACCAUUCCCUCAUUGCAAACCAGAAAGCUGUAUCCCACAACCAGUUGCCAAUGGAAGAAUUCUGGCUGUUGGGAGAGACUUAAAUCCAAUUAAACCAGUGGACCAUGGACUUACCUUAUCAGUUGUUUGUGAUUCUGAUUAUGUCCUUCAUGGGGAUGGAGCUCUGGCUUGUAACAAAGGCAGAUGGUCACAUGACUUCCCUACAUGCCAACCCAAAUUUUGCCUCAGUUCUAAGUUGUCUAAUGGCAAAGUUUUAUAUCAAGGUCAAGAGUUGACAAAUCAGACCCAGAUCAAACACAGGUCAAGUAUCUUUGUAAUAUGUGAAGCUGGUUACACUCUAAUUGGCACAGGCAUGUUGACCUGCUCCUAUGGCCACUGGUCACACAGCAUUCCAGAAUGUGUCCCAAAGGGUUGCCAUGUACAGACCAUUUUGCAAGGUUCCGUGUCAUAUUUAGAAAAAGAAUUGACAAAUGCAUGUUCCUCAUUGCCCAAUGGGUUAGUGUCUCACCGACAUUCAGUUACUGUGUCUUGCCUGGAAGGAUUCCACAGAAACGGUGCUGAGAUCCUGACUUGCAGUUAUGGAAACUGGUCAGAGGUUUUCCCCAAAUGUGAACCAAAUGGUUGCCAUGUGCAGACAAUUCUUAAGGGUAAAGUUGUUUCAGCUUCUGGUUCUUCAGUGUCAAGCGUGUCCCAUUCUCAAAAAGUGUCAAUCAUUUGUGACGAAGGCUAUGAACUUCCAAAGGAAAAUAAAACACACAAUAUUCACUGCUACUAUGGCAACUGGACUGCUAACUUUCCUUCAUGUGUUUCAAAAAAUUGCAUUGCCGACAUUGUACAAAAUGGGCACGUGCUGUUUGGGGUUGAAGAACUGAAAUUUUCCACAGCCAAUCUGAGUGCUCUUCAAGUGCCACAUGACCAUCAUGUAACAGUCAGGUGUGAGCGGGGAUUCAACUUAACUGGAACAACCAAACUGACAUGCAGAAAAGGAAAAUGGUCAGAAAUAUUUCCAACAUGUCAGCCAAGUGGUUGUGCUGUUCUUUUAGUCGAGAAUGGUAAUGUAAAACAAAUGAGGUCCAAUGUUGUCCUCUCAGACUGGGGACAAAUAAUUCCUCAUGAACAACACAUAAACAUCUUCUGCAAGACUGGAUAUGAAUUAGUCGGAGCCACCAAUUUGAAAUGUCUUUUUGGCAAUUGGUCAACAGAGUUACCUGUCUGCAAACCAAAAAGUUGUGCAGUUGUUCCGGUUAAAAAUGCCCAUCUUGCCUAUCCUGAUAGCAAGAGUUCUGCUUUUGUGCAACACGGCAAGUUCCUGCAAGUCACUUGUGAUCCUGGUUUUACUCUUCUUGGAUCAAAGAAGAUCAAAUGUUCCGAGGGAUCUUGGUGUUCAACAUUCCCCAUAUGUGAACCAGACAAAUGCAACUUGAAAAAAGUGGUGAAUGGAAUCAUCAGUAUCAACCAUGAAGACAUUGUGGCUUAUGACCAAUCUAUUCCCCAUAACACAAUCAUUGCAAUCAGAUGUCAGCCAGGUUUUGACCUGAGUGGCAUUCCCAAAGUUCAAUGCACGAAUGGCAAGUGGUCAACAGAGUUUCCAACUUGUGAAGGAAUGACCUGUAAAGCAGUGACAAUUGAAAAUGGAUUUUUGCAAGUGAAAUCUUCAGGGAAAACAGUUACACCCGAUGAUGACGUCUCUGCCAAUGAAACAGUCGAAGUCAAAUGCGACAAUGGAUACAAUGUAAAAGAUGACACGGAUCCUAUCAAAUGCCAUAUGGGCAAAUGGACUCGGGAGUUUCCAGUAUGUCAACCUGACGUUUUCUGUGAGCUGGAUUCAGUGGAUUCCUCAGUUGUGGUAAUUGGUAAAGGUCCUUGGGUGCCAGGCUCUGUGAUGAAAACCCAUUCUGUGAUUGUGGAGGUUAACCUUGAUGAUAUUACAGAUAUUUUCCACCUUUCCCUUCACUCAUCUACUUUUCAUCUCUCCCUUUGUGUGUCCCUUUUCAUACGUCUUUUUUAUCUCCCCCUUUCCUACUUUGUCUCUUUCUUUGUCUCUCUCUUUCUCCCUUUCAUUUCUUUGUUGCUUCUUUUUCUUUGUCCAUCUCUUCCUCCUUUCUCUUACCCCCCUUUCCUUUCUCUCUCUGUUUUUUCCUUUCUCUCUCUCCCCCCUUUCCUUUCUCUCUCUCCCCCCUUUCCUCUCUCUCCCCUUUCCUUUUCUCUCCCCCUUUCCUGGAUCUCUCCCCCUUCCUUUUCUCUCCCCUUCCUUUCUCCCCUCCCCUUCCUUUCUCCCCUCCCCCUUCCUUUCUCUCCCCUUCCUUUCUCUCCCGCUCCCCUUUCCUUUCCCUCUCCCCUUUCCUUUCCCUCUCCCCUUUCCUUUCUCUCUUUCAUUAUAUAA